CUAAUCCAGGAGGGUGGUGCUGGCGUCGCCCGGCGGAGGUCAUCCAGUGUGAGGAGGUCGCGCCGGAAGCGGUUGUGGCAGCGGCGCCUAGGUCUGGGAAGCGAGCUUCCUGAGGAAUUCUGCGGUUCAGCGGCGCGGUACCGCCGGCCUCUUUCUCCACAGGUCUUUGCAGCAGCCAUGGCGAAGGGCAGAGUCGCCGAACGAUCGCAGACCGGGGCACUACACCGGACUGUGGCCGAGGACCGGGCAGCGGGGACGCGGGGUUCCGCCGCGCGGGACAGCAAGGAGCACCCGAACGAAAAGUCCUAUGCAGAAGCUGGGUCGGCAAGGACAUCACUCCUUAUAUUGCUGUGCAUUUUCUCAUGUGCAGCUUUUGUUAUGUUUUUGGUAUAUAAAAAUUUUCCUCAGCUUAGUGAAGAGGAAAGAGUGAAUAUGAAGGUUCCCAGAGAUAUGGAUGAUGCCAAGGCUCUAGGAAAAGUUUUAUCCAAAUAUAAGGACACCUUUUAUGUUCAAGUACUUGUAGCUUAUUUUGCUACAUAUAUUUUUUUGCAGACGUUUGCAAUUCCAGGUUCUAUAUUUCUCAGUAUCCUCUCGGGCUUCCUUUACCCCUUCCCACUUGCCUUGUUCCUUGUUUGUCUGUGUUCAGGACUUGGAGCCUCCUUCUGCUACAUGCUCUCCUAUUUAGUUGGAAGACCAGUUGUAUACAAAUACCUAACAGAUAAAGCACUAAAAUGGUCACAACAGGUUGAGCGUCAUAGAGAACAUCUCAUCAACUACAUUAUAUUUUUGAGAAUAACACCAUUUCUGCCUAAUUGGUUUAUUAACAUUACAUCUCCUUUGAUAAAUGUGCCAUUGAAAGUAUUUUUUAUUGGCACUUUUCUAGGUGUUGCACCUCCCUCUUUUGUAGCAAUUAAAGCAGGAACAACACUGUACCAGCUUACAACAGCAGGGGAAGCUGUUUCCUGGAACUCAGUAUUUAUUCUCAUGAUUUUGGCUGUUCUUUCGAUUCUGCCAGCCAUCUUCCAAAAAAAACUAAAGCAGAAAUUUGAGUGAAAAAUCACCUGUUUUAGUUAUCACCACCAGUCAUCUCAGGAUUAGCAGGUGCAUCCAUUUUAUGUUUUGAAAUCACCUCUUAUGUAAUUGAAAGAAGGAAUUUGUGAAAUAAAAUUCCCAUGAGACAGUUAAAAAAUGCUUUACUGUGGCAAGGGAGAACAGAGAUUGGUAUGUUAUGAAAAGUGCUGUCAUCAAGAGUUAUGAUAGAGAUCUACAAUUUACCAAGAGUAGCUGUAGUUAGGGAAUUCAUAGUGACCUGGUAAAAAUUCUUACUCUAAAUUAUUCAUUUAAUUUGGUAUUUUUCUCUUUAUGUCUGAUAACUAAAAUAAAUAGAGAAUUUGUGUACAAUGGCACAAGCUUGUAAUCCCAGUUCCUUAUGACACUGAGGCCAGAGGGGUACUAGUUUGGGACCAGCUUGAGCAAUAUAACAAGAC